AUGACCUGCUGGGACGCAGUUCUUACAUUGCCUAAAACAUGGGAUCAACUUUGUGAGGAUUUGGACACCCUGUUUUAUCGCUUACGUUUCUGGAAUGUAUCAGUGAGUUUACCAAAGAGCGCGUUUGGUAAGCGGUCGAUCCCCUAUCGGUCACAUGAAAUUAGUGCAGAAGGUAUCCGAUCGACCCCAAAAGUUGCGAAGGGUGUUAUGGAUCUACCGUUUCCCAAAUCCCACAAAGGUGUAUUACCGUUUCUCGGAAGUCUAAACUACAACCACAAGUCCAUCGAGGACUUUCCGGUAGUGGCAGUAGUUCUUUAUGAACUUUCAGAAGACCAGAUACGUCAGGGACGAGACCUCUUACGAGCUCAUGAAUCUUUCGAACUGCUAAAACGGAAGAUCGUUGCGACACCAAUGUUAAGACAUCCGGACAUCCAAACGCCAUUUGUGACAUUCCCGCACGCGAACCGAUGGGCUGCGUGUGCAGUCAUAGGGCAAGAAUACGACGGAAAGAUACAACCUGUUCGGUAUACAGGACGCGUUCUGAACGACGCCGAGCUCCGUUUUGAGAGAUUGAUUAAUGAGGGAGUGAAGUAG